CAUCCUCACAAAGAUGAACUGGGUUUUGUUUUAUGGAUGAACUUACAUUCACGAUGGCGAGCAUCACCAUGACGACACGUACACAAAUAUAAAACAUAUGGCGCCAGUGCUUGGGAAACACUUCAUCUAUCGUCACAACUACAACUCGUCCAGUCGCUGGUACGCUUUCAGUCAAACAAGUAACCGGCGACCAUGAAAUUUACGACAGUAAUCCUCUUGCUUGGUGCCCUUCUUGGAACAGGAGCUGCCUGCAGCUUGGCAUCAUGCACACUAACCGGUACUCUUACAGGGACGGCUGGAUGCACGAACUACCAAACCUACAUCUCAUGUCUGUCCACCCAGUCCAGCAGCUGCACCAGCAGUAGCACAGACGUAAUUGCUAAACAAAUCAUCGACGCUGCCAUCACGGCCAACAACGCCUUGAGAGCCGCUUUGAGCUGCAGUACAGGAGCAGGAGCUUCCUGCAGCAUAGGAUCCUGCUCCCUGACCGGUGCUCUUACAGGGACGACUGGAUGCACGAACUACCAAACCUACAUCUCAUGUCUGUCCACCCAGUCCAGCAGCUGCACCAGCAGUGGCACAGACGUAUUUACUAAACCACUCAUCGACGCUGCCAUCACGUCCAACAACAUCUUGAGAAACGCUUUGGGCUGCAGCGGUGCGAGCUUCACAUCCGUCUCCGGCAUUGCGCUCAUCCUGUCCGUCGUGGCAACGCUGGUGAAAACUCACUUUUAAAUCAGGGAUGCUGCCCUCAAGGGAUGUCUUUCUCAGUCUGUUAUCGUCUUAUAUCGAAUACGUUUAUAUUAGCUUUUUUCAUCCUACGAUAUCACUGUCAGAAGAUCUCAGAAGGUGUUUAGAUGUAUCAAGUUUAGUUGUUAUCACUCUUCAAAGAGUGUGGGAAUGAUUUUACGUGAGGUUGUUUGGGGUUCUGUUUUAUUUUACACUGUCUACAUACAAGGAGUCCCUGCGUAUCAUCUUUACUGACUUGGCUGUGUGUAACCUAGUGGUCAUAGUGUUCGCUCCUCACGACGUUUGACUUUUGUCUUGCAAAGUGUAUGAAGUUCAUUUGGGAUGCCCUUGUUGCUAUACUGCUGGAACAUCUGCUAUAAGGAUCGUAAACACAUGCUCAUGGGUUGUUUUUGUAAUGGUUUUUUCUCAUAAUAAAAAGAUCAUUUUACCAAU